AACAAAGAUAGAGAUAUAACCAUUAUAUUAACACGUGUUUGUUCAUGUAACGAAAACAUUAAAUUUCUUUGUAAAUAAGUAAAGACACAAUAUGGUUAAAAUAAAAAAGUUGAAACGAAAGAAAAGAUUUCGUGUAAAUAUUAAUAGAAAAAGACUGAGGAAUAAAUUAAGGAAACUUCCCAAUAUUGAAUGUAACGAAAUUAAAAAUGCAUGGAAUUUAAAGAAAUCAACGGUUAGCAAUUUAUCACAAAUGGGUUUAGCGUAUGAUCCAAAUCAAGUGUUAAAAAUUCCAAAUAGAAGGCAAGAAAUGUUAACAGCAGUGACGACCAGCGAUGAAAAUAAUGAUUCGCAAAAUGUUAAAAAGGGUAUUAAGAGAAAGUUAUACGUGGCACAAAAUUUGGAAGAAGAUGCAAAGUAUCCAAGGGCUAGGCUGUUUCGUUUACCCAAUAACGAAGUACAAUUUGCCACCUAUAUGAUCGAUAAAUACGGAGAAGAUUAUAAAGCAAUGGUGAAAGAUAGGAAAAAUUAUAAUCAAUAUACUUGGCAUCAAAUAAAGAAAAAGAUAGAUAAAUUUAAAAGUAUACCAGAACAGUAUGCUGAAUAUUUAGUAAAAAAGGGGGAAUUUAUUUUGGAAGAUUCAACUCCAUUAAAGAAAAUCAAGCCAUCCGUUCAACAAUCGGAAGUAAAAAUAAAUUCAAAACGAGUAAAAAGGAAAAAGAAGAAGCCCAAACUUGUAUCGAUAUGGCACGAAGAAACUGUUGAUAACGAGUUAAAUAAUAAUCUUAUAAAUGACUCUAUUGAUGAUUCUGGGCAAGAAAUAAUUCCAAUUAAUCAAAUUAACAAUGAAAAUAAAUUAAAAUUAUUUUCAGAUGACGAAACUGAAAAUGAUGUAAGUACGAGUCAGAACAAGAGUUCUGACAAUAUUAAAUAAAUAUAAUUAAAUAGAAAUAAGGUAUAAUUAUCUAAUUUGGA